GGUGAUCUAACAAACAGCUGCUGCAGCUGUAGAGAGAGAAAGGGAGAAACAUCAGGAGCAGCAGCAGCAGCAAUCCGACCCCCGCAACAGCUUUACCAUGAACACCUACCUCUUUGUGUAUGACUUAAUGCAAUUCUGUGGACAUUCCUGGAUAUUUACGAAUAUGAUCAUCAGGUUCAUGUCAUUUGGAAAAGAUUCGUUGGCCGACACGUUUUACUCCAUAGGACUUGUAAUGCGCCUUUGUCAGUUGUUGUCUACAUUGGAGAUCCUACACAUCUUCAUUGGCAUCGAUAAAAGCCGUCUCUUCCCUAGGUUUUUGCAGAUCACUGAGAGAAUAAUAGUUUUAUUUGUCGUGAUCAACAGUCAGGAAGAAGUUCAAGGGAAGAAUGUCGUAUGCAUUUUAUUUUUCCUUUGGAACUCGCUUGAUGUGGUCAGAUACACUUACAACAUGUUAGCAAGGACAGGAAUAUAUUACCUACCACUGACAUGGCUCAACUUCUCACUGUGCAUCCUGCUCUACCCCCUUUCAGUUCUGGCUAAAGCAUUUGCAAUUUGUGUGUCACUGCCUUAUUUUGAAUCCUUUGGCACAUACUCCAUCAAGAUACCAUUUCCAUUCGCCUUCUCAAUCUACUUCCCCUAUGUUCUGAAAAUGUACCUGCUAGUGCUCUUUAUAGGUAUGUACUUUACCAUCCAGAAUCUGUUCUCCGAAAGGAAGGCACACCUAGGGACAGGCAACACCAAACAGAAAAGAAGUUAAGUUGCAGUUUUGUUCAGAGAUAAGAAAUAUAUUCCAAGUGAACUGCUGCAUAUUCCCAGCUUAAAGAGUAAUUUGACAAAAGCUUUUCAGUGCAAAACUCCUGUUUGCAUGUACAUUAUCUGGUCGUGUAGGUUUUUCAGAAAAGGAAGGUCCAUUAACAUGCCUAAAAAAAGAAUUACUUUUGAAAGUUUUGAUUUCAAAUGGCAGGAAUUUUAAAAAUUAAGAUUUUUUCUAACGUUUACUAGAGGGGAAAAAAAAAAUAAAAUCAAGGAGUGCCUCCACUCCCAAUCACACUAACAGCCCUUAUUUUGGUGUUAAUUCUUGCCUCGUUAGCAACAGAUAUUCUAUAAUGACAAUACUAUUUAAUCUAUAAGAUUAUUUUAUAUUAGGCCAACAUGUAUGUGCCUCAUACAUAUAAAUGUUAAACUGCAUGGAAUCUCACAAGGACCAGAAGCUGGAAACUUUGCAAGCUGUCAGAUCCACAUGCCUUGGGAAUUCACUAAGGAUCCCUGACAUCCUGGGCCAACCUAACUUCUCCCGACAAGACUCCAGAAAAUGCAGCUAAACUUCAAAGGCAAAUGACAUGGUCUCUUAUAAACGAUCUGUUACUCAAGGGGAUAUUUAAAAGUUAGAAGUAAAAUCUUAUAACCAUAUGCCUAGUAGACAUUUUCUUCCAUACUGAAUGGAAAACAGACACACAAAAGAAGUGUCAGGCCAAAUACACAUUUGUUCUUUAAAGAGAAGUGAAAGAUUCUCAAAAGCCACGUGCAAAAUUCCAGUCAUUUUACUCAACUGUGGUGCUCCUCUUACUUGAGCACAGGCAAAAAUGGACAAACAAGUGCUCAGAGGCUGGCAGGGGUUUUCGUCCACAUUGAUUAUCACCUACAAUUGAAUUCAGGCAGCUGGGGCAGAAAAGUGAGGCUAUUUUUUUGAGCUUGACUGAAAACUGGGGGGAGGGAAGAAAGACAAUAAUUGGAAGGAAGGUAAUACUCAAAGGGCAAAUGAACACUAUUGCAAUAUGAAGAGGCUUUUGCUUGUAUGGCUUUCUAAACCAUGCAGCCUAAGAGGUUACAUAAGAAAAGAGUGAAGCUGUCCUCAAUGAACUCAUUUGUUAUAAAAGGUCCCCUACUACCAUUUUUAUUUAAUAUAUGUGGCAGACAAAGCCUACAGACUACUGUGACAACUGGAACUUUUGCAAACCAUAAGCAACAAGGUCAUGCAUGACAUAGUAUAGAGUCAACCCUGGAUUAUGUUUUUGAAAGCAGUGUAAACAGAGGUAUGAAUUAAAGAAACAGAAGUAAUUCCACUUCGGACUUCUGUCUGACCCAAACUGAUUCAAGUGUGGCCAAUGUGAAGAAAUGUACAGAGCAGCUUAACAGGGUGAUAGCUUUGAAGAAGAGAACCAGAAAAAGAACACUUCACGUCAAACCAUUACUGUAACAUGCUAAAAGUGAAACAUGGACAGUUUUCCCCUUGGAAAUUCCGUCAUAAAAGUGCCCAAAGCCAACAUAUCUGGGAGGAGGAAACAUGACAUAUAUUGUAUUGAGUCUGUGGGGCAAGCCUUUGGCAGUGGGGAAGCCGCAGGGAUGACCUUUGUGAGAAGCAGACAGGGCCCUCCCCAAGUGCCAGACACAGGUGGUUCCAGCCAGCUACAAAACAGAGCCACCUUGGGACACUGCUAAGCCACACAGCAAAAAUGAUGGCAUCUCUGGGAAAACAUGUUUAAGACGGGUAAAAAAAGUUAUGCAGCAGCUGUGAGAGAGAACAGUAAGAAAAAAACAUAUGAGAAACUGCUCUAGAGACACCCAGUUCAGUGAGGAAGGUGAGGAAGAUGCACUGCAGCAGAAUCCUCUAGUGCCCAUGGAAAAGACCACGGUGGAGCACAUGGAGGACCACACCAGGAAAGACAAUCCCAAAGCAGCCUGCAGAGGGCCCCAUGCUGCAGCAGGGGGCUGUGUCCUAAGGUACACUGCUGCACAUGGAGAGCUCACACAGGAAUGGAUUCCUGGCAGGAACUGUGGCUCAUGAGAGACCACACGUGAGCAGCCUUUCCCAGACAGACUGUAUCCCAUGGAAAGCACUCAUGCUAGAGAAGGAACCAUGUGAGAAGGAACCAUGUUGGAGUAGUUCAUGAAGGACUGUAUCAACCCCACACUGGAGCAGUGCAACAGUGUGAAGAGGAACGCAUAGCAGAGAUGAAGGUGUGUGAACAAUUGCAACCCCCAUUCCCCACCCAGCCCUCACCAGAUGGGGAGGGAGAAGGUAGAAUUUUGAGUCCAGAGUGGAAGAGUGAAGAUGAGCCUAGGAAGAAGGGAGGAGUUGUGGGAAGGUGGCUUUGGUUUUAUGUCUGGUUCUUACCAUCAUACCUUAUUUUUAUUUGGCAAUAAAUUAAUAU